AUGUCUGGCAUGUGGGUCAUUGGCUACGGCCUGCUUAUAUUCAAGCCUCCCCCACUAUAUCAGUAUCGAGUUACGGGCACCCUAAAGGGAUACAUUCGCCGUUUUUGGCAGUCUUCCUCUGACCACCGAGGCACCCCAGAGAGUCCAGGCAGAGUUGUCACCUUGAUGUCCCUCAAGGACUUGAAGAGCCAUUCUCGGUUUCACAAUGACCUCUGCACUUAUGAGCUCAAUCCAAAGCUUGGAGAAUCCAACGUGGCUACAGAUUCGGUGGCUGACCUUCCAGCAUCGGCAUUGGCCAAUGACAUCCACGAUGUGCAACACAAAAUCGAUACUCUUCAAGAAGACGACUUAAAAGUAUGGGGAGUGGCGUACUACGUUGCACCAGAGCACGUGGACGAGAUGAAGGCGUACUUGGACGUCAGGGAACAAGAUGGGUACACGCUUCACAAGGUCAAGUUUCAUGUACAUAGCAUUCCUGAGGACGCAAAGAGAAUAAUGAGAGAAAUUCCUCGUGAUGAAGCCGGGGACCUCUUCAUUGAGCUGUUCAUUUACAUUGGCACUAUCGAUAACGAGUCGUUCGUGGGGCCAGAGUCUGUUGAGGACACGGCAGCGAUAAUAAAAUCGAGCCAUGGUCCUAGUGGACCCAACUUUGAGUACCUAAAUGAGCUUACAAAGGCUGUGAGAGCGCUAGACCUGAUUGUCGAUCUCGAGACUUCUACCUCGAGGACCUUGUGGCUCUUGCGACCCCCUAAAAAGAUAUGA